AUGCGAGGAAAAGGAAAAUCGAGACAGAUUCAAGUGACAGCGUAUCCGAAGAAAGUGAUCGCGAACAAACGAGGAGGCGCAAGAAGAAGAAGCCUGGACAAGACAAAGGAUCAAAUGAAGAGGAUAAAGAGGCUAACGGAAGCGGAACUGAGGACGACACCGACAAGGAAGAAAAGGAAGAAUCUAAACCGUCUACCUCGUCGCCAGAUAAUCGUGAGACAAAGAAAGAGCGCGAUCAAAAGAACGAAGCAGGUAAGCGAAAGCUCUCAUCCGACAGUUCAACGAAGAGCGGUGCGGGUAAUGAAAACAAGUCGAGUUCUUCUUCAGACGAGGAUUCCGACAAAGAGGCUUCAGAUAAGGAGAAGUCUGGCGAUGAAGAAGAGGAAGAGAAGGAACUGGAAGACAGUGAAAGUAGAAAAGUCAAGAAAAAGAAGAGGUUGA